AUGACUAUUGGCAGUUUCCCCACCCUGUCAUCCCAAACUUUGAUCACCCUGGAUCUACAGCCCGCCAGCACAGAUCGUAUCACGACCACGAAGCUCCCGGCAAAAAAGUCCCAGUCUGAAGUAUCCGACCCUGUCGGCAUGGAUGGAAAGGAAAGGCAACCAAACAAGGAUUACAAUGGAAAAAAAAGGAUGUCUCAUUGGCCUGUCGUCCUCCAAAAUUCUGGAUAUGGAGCUUGUAAGGCGACGAAUAUGCUUUGGACGGCGUUGGAUGCAGACCAGUGGAGGGACUCCACUCAUCCAGCAACUCAUCCGGCCGAUUUUUUGCCUCCCCGUGGCAAUUUCCUACCAGCCCUUGACAACCAAGGAGUAGCUCAGCCAACCCUAAGCCUUGCCGGUGUAGCACGGAGGAAACAGCCAAGAAAAAACUUGCUCAUCGGCCGAAACGCUCUCAGCGAAGAACUGCCCUUCUGGACAAACUCCUCGAGCCAAUAG